CUGUUCUCGCCCCCUUCAGCCUCCACCUACCUUAGCCUUCUUCACCACAUUUCAUGCAUCAACCCCUCUCUCGUUUUCACAUGCUGUCACACUGUUCAACAACACGAGUCAGGGCAUCGUCUGGUACCACAAGCUUUAUCUUCUGCUCACAACUUGGGAAACCAGCAACGCUGCAAGCGGUCUGCUAGCUUCCUGUCACUCCAGACAAGCAGGCAUUUUACAGUCAAACAAGAUAAAGGCAAUACAGACUUCCUGUUACAUCUCCAGCAUAUAUCCUUAAUAUAAAUGUGUCAAUGGAUCUCCUUCUGAUGAAAACUUCACAACUGCUUUAAAAGUACAGAGUUUGACUGCAAAAUUCUGCCUGUAACUGUGACACCAAGCCAGUGGGAUUUUUCUACUCAACAAGGACUUUUCUAAGGAGGCAUGGCUGACUAUGAGAACGCCAAAUCCAAAUCCACUACGACUGUGCUGAUCCUUUUUUUCUGCCUUAUAGUCUUAAUUGCAUUGCUCAUCCUCUUGUACAAGAAGCUGAACAAGGAGGCCGAUGGAGAAUAUACCAUCCGGCGCAUGGUGUAUAAGGAAGGCGGGGUCAGGGACCAGGUGAGAGGUGCAGCAUUAGCUCUGGGGACAUGUCUCGGAGUCCAGCUGUGGCCUCGCAGUGAUACUGAUGAGGAUGGAGAGGAAAUGGAGGAACUCCAAGAUGAGGAGGGACAGGUGGAGGAGGGUGGUAGCCAGGUGAGUGACAGCGAGGGAGAUGACCAGGAGGAGGAGAAGGAGGAGGAGGAUAGUAUGGAGCAGUGUGGUAAGACAAAGGGAAAAGGAGGUGACUCUUCAGACGAUGACUCCAGUUUAGAGGGUUCAGAGGCAGGGGAGCAAGCCAGACUAAUGGAUCAGCCAGAGGCAAAGGGAGAGACAGGAGAGGAGAAAGUGGGAGAUGGGGAAGGUAAAGGUGAAGCAAGUGGAGGGGCUGGAUUGUUGAUAGAUCUAAAGGAGUUCUCUGGAAGUGCCAUCUGGUCUGGGGAAAAGGGGGGUGAGGUCAAGGACAGUGAUGUGACUGCACUAUGAGAACAGAAUAAAAAAACAAAACAUGAAAUACAAGGGAGAAUAAGGAAAUAGUCUUGAUCAGGGCAAUAUCCAGGACUUUAUGUGGUCAUGAGCCCCCAGUUGGCUGUUAAAAUAUAUUUUCUGUAUUUUCUGUAAUAAUUUUAUUUUUAUUUUCCAACAUGAAGGUCUAAAUGCUGUUCCACAUUGCCAGAAAAAAAACCUUUUUGUGUGAGCCUAAAAGUAGUCAAGUAGUCUGAAAAUACUGGAAUCAGCCUAUAAAACACCCACCAUGUGUUUUUAAUUUACAUGUAAACUCCCAGGAAGACAUGAAGACAUGACCCCAUUGUUCUCAAUGGUAGCUACGGUUCUCAUCUUAAUUUCACUUCUUGUUGAGGCAUCAGGAAGCUGAGUGCACUGGAUUGGAUUUUGAAUGUUUGUGUAAGAGUUUACCUUUUAUAAUGUAAAACUGGCUUGGCCAGUUAAGAAAUCAUUGUAUUAUUGCAUCAGCCUAUUGCAUGCUGUAUAUUGUGGACUGUGGCAUGUUUUUUAUUGUUUUAAAUGUUUCUUUUUAAUUUUCAUGAAAAGUAAAACAGAUGUUACUGUGUUUGUAUUGUUCUCAAUGCCAUAUUUAGAGCUGAUUAAUUUAAUCUGGACAAAACAAGUAAUUUGUUUGUUCCCAGACUCUGGGACUCUGGGAACUUGGAAUAGACAUUUUCUUUACAUAUUAACUAAACAAUAUGAGAAUAUCAACAAUGAAAAUGGUCGUUAGUUGCAGCCCUCCUUAUAUUAUUGUAGCUGGGAGUCAAACUUUCCAUCAAGUGACAUUUCAUACAGUAUGUUAGUUACAUUGUGGCCUAAUGUGUUGUUAAAGUGGGUUGUUGCCUUUAGUAGUAAUCAUUAUGUUGAAUGUAGCCUGCAAAACUGUAACAUUAAGCUAUACACUGUAUAUAUUUGGUGUUUAAGGAUUUACUGAUGGUACCAUGAAAUAAAACUACAGCAAGGUCACUAUAAACUCAAAGCCUUUUACAUACAUGUAAAUAUUUGUGUAUAGUAUGACCAAGCUGACUUACUUUCCUGUUAAUAAAUGUAUAAUAAAUAAUAAAUGUAUUAAAAGGCA